AUGAGUGCGUUCACUGCAGCAGAGAGCUGCCCCAACUGCAGCUCCUCUGCCUACCCAAAGGUGGAUGUAGUCAAGGCGGUGGUUUUGGGAAUGGUACUGAUGAUGUUUGUGGUGUUCGGGGUCCUUGGCAAUAUCCUGGUCAUCCUGUCUGUGCUGUGCCACCACCACUGGCGCUCUGUGACACAUUACUUCAUCGCCAACCUGGCAGCAGCAGACCUCCUGCUUAGCUCAGCUGUCCUGCCUUUCUCUGCCACCUCGGAGGCGCUCGGCAGAUGGGUGUUUGGUCGGCUUUUCUGCAGCGUCUGGGCAGCCCUGGAUGUCCUCUGUUGCACUGCCUCCAUCCUCAGCCUGUGUGUGAUCUCUAUCGACCGCUACCUGGCUGUCAGUUACCCUCUUCGUUACCCCGCCAUGGCUACAGGGCGGCGAGGCCUGACAGCAGUGGCUGCUCUCUGGGGUCUCUCUGCAGCCAUAUCUGUGGGUCCUCUGUUUGGCUGGAAGGAGCCUGACCCGGAAGAUGAGACUGUGUGCAAAAUCACAGAGGAGCCCGGCUAUGCUCUGUUCUCAGCAUUGGCAUCUUUCUAUAUACCUCUGGUCAUCAUCCUGGCCAUGUACUGCCGUGUGUACAGUGUGGCAAAGAGGGAGACAAAAAUGUUCAGGAAGGGCAGUAAGGGGAAAGGGGUCCAGACGGAGGGUGUGAUGCUGAGGAUACACAGAGGGAACGCUGCUGAGACGGAGAAGCAGGAGGAUGAAGAGGGGAGGGUGAGGCAUAAACGCAAGAUCUUCACCCUCCCGAAGCUUCUGAAGUUCGCAAGAGAAGAGAAGGCUGCCAAGACCCUUAGCAUUGUUGUCGGUUGCUUCAUUCUGUGCUGGCUCCCUUUUUUCCUGGUUUUACCAAUCGGAUCCAUCUUCCCAUCCUGUAAGCCAUCUGAAACCAUAUUCAAGAUAACCUUCUGGCUGGGUUACCUCAACAGCUGCAUUAACCCCAUUAUCUACCCAUGCUUCAGCCAGGAGUACAAAAAAGCCUUCUACAACGUGCUCCACUGGCGCUGCCUGAGAACUGGGGCGACAGCUGCAGGACACUUCACCACCUAUUCCCCCAGUCCAGGCCCAACGUCAAAUACCUCUGUUCUCGCAGCGCAAAGUCGUGUCACUGUUUCCUCAUGGGGUUGCUGCAGGGCGCUGUCGACAUCCUCGUCGUCUGUCUGUAGUUCAGGUCAGACUCAAAGUGCACAAAUCCAGAGUAAGAGUUUGCUGAAGACUUGGUGUUUCUCAGCUAGUCGAACUCCCAUACCGCAGAACCCUUCCAGUCACGGAUCAACUAAAGUCUUACGCCUUUCUCUUGGAGUUACAGGAGAUGCUGUUUGA